CUUUCAGUACUUUAACAAAAAAGAGACAGGCAAACCUGAGUUGUAUCAUGUAGCCUUUCUUAAGCUAAAAGAAAAGAAAGAAAAAUGGAGGAGAAACCAGGUCGUCUCCUACCUCUCGCUUGUAUGCCCUAUAAAUACCAGGUUGGUUCGACCACGUAACAAAGUUAACUAGGCCAUUUGCCUUUGCAACAAGGGCACAAGGCCUGACUAACUAACGAGGACAGCAUAAACACAGACAUGGGCAUGUCCGAACAGCCAUGCAGGAGCACGCCCAGUUCGUUCACCACCUCCUACGGCUCCUCCCAGCAGAUCCAUCACCUACCGCAGCACGACGCUGUGCUCUGCACUGAACGAGGACUGGGCUUCCCCUACUACUAUGGCACUGAUCAGCAGGACGCGGCGUUCGACGGCGACGAGGUAGAGCUCGGCUUCCGCGCUUCCAAGGUCACCAAGGUUGACUACUACAGCUCCCCUUACCAGCCGUCAUGGCCGCUGGCUCGUGCCGAUGUCGCUGCGGUGGCGGCUGAGUCGUCGCGCGUCCGGAAGCAGAGGUUCCGGGACGUUCUUGAGAGCUGCAAACAGAAGGUUGAGGCCAUGGAGGCCAUGGAGUCUCCUGUGGCGUUCCAGGAAGGUGAGGACGGGGGUGUCGCGGGGGAUGGUGGCGGUGCCGCCGGCGGUGGCGGCGGCGGAAGUGGAGGUGGUGGUGGCGGCGCUGAUGGCAUGCGCCUGGUGCAGCUGCUUGUCGCCUGCGCCGAGGCCGUGGCGUGCCGCGACCGCGCGCAGGCGGCGGCGCUGCUGCGGGAGCUGCAGGUCGGCGCGCCCGUGCACGGCACGGCGUUCCAGCGCGUGGCGUCGUGCUUCGUGCAGGGCCUCGCGGACCGGCUGGCGCUGGCGCACCCGCCGGCGCUGGGGCCGGCCAGCAUGGCGUUCUGCAUCCCGCCGUCGUGCACGGGGCGCGACGGCGCUCGCGGCGAGGCGCUGGCGCUGGCGUACGAGCUGUGCCCAUACCUGCGGUUCGCGCACUUCGUGGCGAACGCCUCCAUCUUGGAAGCCUUUGAGGGAGAGAGUAACGUCCACGUGGUGGACCUGGGCAUGACGCUGGGCCUGGACCGCGGCCACCAGUGGCGCGGCCUCCUCGACGGUCUCGCCGCCCGCGCCGGCGCCAAGCCGAAGCGCGUGUGCAUCACGGGCGUCGGCGCCCCCGUCGACACCAUGAGAGCCGUCGGCCGCGAGCUCGAGGCGUACGCGGAGGGGCUCGGGAUGUACCUCGAGUUCAGGGCCGUGGACCGCAGCCUGGAGAGCCUGCACAUCGACGACCUCGGCAUUGGCGCCGACGAGGCCGUGGCCAUCAACAGCAUCCUGGAGCUCCACUGCGUGGUGAAGGAGAGCCGCGGGGCGCUCAACUCGGUGCUCCAGACCAUCCGCAAGCUGUCGCCCAAGGCGUUCGUGCUCGUGGAGCAGGACGCCGGCCACAACGGGCCCUUCUUCCUGGGCCGGUUCAUGGAGGCGCUCCACUACUACGCGGCGGUGUUCGACGCGCUGGACGCGGCGCUGCCGCGCUACGACGCGCGGCGCGCGCGCGUGGAGCAGUUCCACUUCGGCGCGGAGAUCCGGAACGUGGUCGGGUGCGAGGGCGCCGCGCGCGUGGAGCGGCACGAGCGCGCCGACCAGUGGCGGCGCCGCAUGAGCCGCGCGGGUUUCCAGUCCAUGCCCAUCAGGAUGGCGGCCAGGGCGCGGGAGUGGCUGGAGGAGAACGCCGGCGGCGGAGGGUACACGGUGGCCGAGGAGAAGGGCUGCCUCGUCCUCGGCUGGAAAGGCAAGCCCGUCAUCGCGGCCUCCUGCUGGAAGUGUUAGCCGUAGGCGGUCGCUCGCCGCGCCGUGCCGGCAGCCGGAGAGGUAUACCAAUUGCCACCCAUCACCGUGUCUGCGCCAUGCGUGCGUAUAGAGUUCUACUACUGCAUGGUGGCCAUAGCUGCACACACGGUGGAUGGACCUGCUGCGG